AAUCACAAAAUGCAGUGGAGUAAAUAUGGUUAAUUGUAUAUUCAGGCUUCGACUGUGCAAUCUAUAGUGACCAAGUGCCCUAUCCAAGCAGUCGUGUGAGAUUCAAGGAACUUGGGGUCUUUAUGCCAUUUUUAAGGCACAUUUCUCUUUCUUUCUUUCUUUGACAGCUUCUAGCUGUCUUCUGAUGCAACAAGUCAGAGAGUUAAUGGCCAUUUAGAUAUCCAGGUGGUAAGUCUCGAUCCAGCUAUUAAAUGCAAUAAAUAAAUUUUGGGUUUUGUGUGCUUUCAGCACUAUAAAAUGGGUAUAUCCGUUCUCUCCUGGGAGAGCUGUUUUGGCCAGGGAAAUAUAGAAACAAACUCUCCUCCCUCUUCAGUACUGAUCUUGCCUAUCUAGCUAGUGUUAUGGAGUCUCCACAUAUAUUUGUAGAUGCAGAAGAAUGUCAAAGCAGUGAAUCUGGGUGGACUAUGUAUAUAUGCUCCCCCAGUCACCACAGUGAUGAUGACGAUAGUGAUGAUGAUGAUGAUGGUGAAGACGAUUACUAUGAGAAGAACCAUGGUGGAAAACCCGAUCAAGAUGACAGUGAUGAUUCUAUGGCGUCUGAUGCUUCUUCUGGUCCAAGCCAUCAAGAACAAUCAUGGCGAAAUGGAAAGGCUGGAGGUUACAAGAAUGAUGGCAAGAAAGCUAAGAAUCCAGUACUGGUGGAUAAGAAUGGGUUUGGAAGAAGCAAGCAAAAGAAGGAUCAGUCUGCGUUUGCUGCAAGAGGAGCCAGUGUUAACUCCAUUCAGAGCAAUGAUGAAAAGGAAAGGAAAACCAGUAAGUGGUUUGGCAAACGAAAGUAAUAAUUAAUUUCUCUACCCUUUUCUUGCCAAGAGCUGAAACAUAUAUAUAUAUAUAUAUAUAUGUAUGUGAGCAUCAACCAUACUUUUGACUGUUGAAUGUUUUCAGUUUCUGCUCUGGAAAUGUCAUAGUUACUCAAGAUUUAUCGUGAAAUGAUCUUUUUGACAAGUAAUAUUAUACUACUCAAGACCAAAUUAGUUAGUGAGCGAUCGAGCAACUGAGGCGUAAAGCAACUUCCAAGAGCUUGAUUAUGAGUGACCAAUCACUUGAUGGUCGAAGUUGGACUUUGUUUUUAACUAUUUUUAUUGGGGGCUAUCAGAUUCAAACCUAAAGGAUAAAUUCUUUUCAAAAAAGCAAAUUACUAUAUGAAAUUCCCCAUCUUGUGAGAGACUAAUCAUUUUUGUGGCCACCUUUACUUACCUUUAAUUUGCAAGUGAUUUAUUUCCAAAAUUGAAACUUUUAACUUGUCGUCAAUCAUAAAUGAAGAACAUUAUUUCUGCUGCAAAAGUCACCCACUAAAAUA